CAGCUAGUCAGGUCAAAGAUGGAUGAGUUCUUGUCCAUGUGUAAUACAGAAGAAGAUGAAGAAGAACAGCUUCCAUGCGCCGCAACCGUCAACCAGGAAACCGCUUCAAACCACACUAACUCGCCAAGGAGCUCCGAAGAUCCAGCACUUGAUGAUGAGAUCCCUCUAGACCCAUCUGAAAUUCAGAAACAACUGGAGGCGCUUGAGAGAAAGAAGCAAGAACUUAUCAAACGAGCGCGUGCUACUGUUUUUGGUCCAGAGAAUAAGAGCGAGGCACCAGCAAGCAAGUCAAAAAAUGGUCCAAAAUUAGUGGACUUGGAUUUUGCUGGCACUUCUUCCACAUCCACAGAAUGCACUCCAACAUCUCAUCGUGCUGACGAAAGCGAUGACGAGUACAUAGAUGAUAAAAAAGAGUUGUAUGAAGUUGGUAAAUUGAUACAGAAACAACUUGAUAAGCAAGAAGAAGCGCAGGAAAUCCGACGACGUCCUUUCUUAUCCUCGAUGCCGGCUAAAAAGCCUUCCGAAACAAUUCCGGUCAGAAAACCGGCCAUUAAAGAGACGAUCAUCCCAACUGCCUUCGAUAAUCAUUUCCAGCUUAGGAUAAGAAAUCCAAAGAUCUCUUCUGGAACAUUCGAUUCCUUUAUCCAAGGUUUCAAAAGAGUGCGUAUAUCUGAAAUGAGAUCAUCCGCCGCUCUUCCAAAAGACGGUUUUGUCACUGUUGGAGUGAUUGUCGCUCGGGAUAUGCGAAAAAGUUCCAAUGAUAAAGACUACGCAAUUUGGAAACUCCACGAUUUGAAAAACUGUCAAGAUUCACCAAUUUGUGUGUUGCUAUUCGGAGAGGCUUACAAAGAGCACUGGAAAUCACAAAUUGGAGUUUGUGUUGCCUUGGUGAAUCCUCAUGUGGCAGAGGACGAUCGACCUGAUGCGGGCAAACUUAGAGCAAAAUCUACCAACAUCACCCUGAAAACGUUCAAAAGGGCGGAAAUAAUUGAGCUAGGGUAUUCAAGCGAUCUAGGGAUGUGCAAGGGAGUGAAGUUUGGCGGGCAAAAAUGUGGCAAUUUUGUCAACACAUCAUUGUCAGAGUUUUGUGUUCAUCACAUCAUGAAUGAAGCGAGAAAGCUAUCCGCGAAUCGAGGCGCUUUCAAUAGUGUCACAUCGCUACCACCAAAGAAGAGGGCAGCUAAUCCACUUUUUGUGGGAACGCACAGAACCACAAAAUUCAACACCGUAGUUCCAGCUAACAAGCACGAUAAUAUGAUGAAUUCGGACACUAUGCAUCCGACCAUAAGCAAUAUUAUCUUGCCAACAGAACAUAAAACAAUAACGAAAGUGGAAGAGAAGGCGGUGUUGAGAGAACUUAUCAGCGAUAGGGCUCAUAUGCUCGGUGCUCGCAAUCUUGUAGCUGCUGUGGAAAUAAAAUCAGGUAGAGCAGUGAAGUCAAGUAAGGCAGAUAAUCAAGCAUCGAUGUCGGAUUUCAUAAAAACUCAAGAAGCUUCCGUAGUCAGGCCUGGAUUUCAUGGGCCACAACUUGGAUUUGGUUUGAAGGCUGGGCAAGAGAUCUGUCUUGCCUCAAGGAAAGCUGAUGCAGCAAAGAUGAGAGCAGUCGCGGUCUUGAAUCGAGAAAAAGCUGGAAUCGUACAAGAAAAGAAAGCUGUAAAGCGCCCUGCAGAUAAGGCAGAUGGAGAUGGUCCUACUUCAAAGGCGUCAAAACUCGCUAUUCUUGGGAAUGAGAUUGAUCUUAAUAAGCUGUUACAAAGAAAAAGCAUACACGAAAAGGAAGCUAACAAGGCUGAAGGAGAAGCCGUGCAAAAGCAUCUGGACAUGCUCGAGCAUAAGGAAAAAGUCGAGACUUUUGUCACGGAGUGCAUGUCAGUGAAAAACGUGAAAGUAGUCAGCUGCAAAAAGUGUGACUAUACAGCACAUAAACAAAGUGAUUUGUGCAAGAAGGAAGGUCAUGAAGUCAAGUAUUCGACAGCUGAGAAGCGGUUUUACAAGUGCAAGGCUUGCAAGAAGCGUGUGGUCACUUUUGGGUUGUUACCCACCAAGUCGUGCAAGCAUUGCAAAGCUAAUGACUGGGAACGAGUGGCGAUGAAGGACGAAAGGGUGGUAAAAUUAGAUAACGAGAACCUACUUCUUCGCGGCGAAGAAAGGAAAUAUGUAAAUAUCUAAUUUUGUAGCACUGCAAAUAUAUUCCUGCACAUUUCGUAAUUAUUAUACCCUCACUUUGGUACUGCGUGUGAUUCAGUUGUUUUCUGUUACUCUUAGAGUAUGUUAGUAUUCCAACCAAGGGCAAUGAAUCAAAGAAUUUUGCAUUCUUAUAAUGACUGUGAUUGUGAAACAUAGUUCUUAGCGCUUGUUGUAGUGAUAUGUCGAUCCUCCAAUCUUUGUUUGCUGUUUGUAUUGAUUUGUUUGAAUCUGUC